AUGUGGCAGUUUCAAGAGGCAAGUUCGGUCAUUUCUCAGAAAACGUAUGUUCAGGGAUCUGACAAUCCUAUUCCGCUUUCACCUCAGUGGCUUCUGCCAAAGCCGGGGGAGAGUAAGCCUGGAAUGGGAACUGUGGAAAGUCAUCCUGCCCCUUUUCCAGCUCAUGGAAGUCGCUCUGAUGCCUUGAAGCCAUCCAGAAAUGGUGAGGAUAUGCAUGAUACCCUGAAGAAGAAGGAUGUUUUAAGCCCAUCCUUACCUGAUGUGGAAACUGGUCGCCGAGACCAAUGGCGCGAUGAAGAACGAGAUACCCAUUCAUCUGUGCACAAAGAUUACCGGAGGGUUGGAGCUAAAGAGGGAAAUUAUGAUCAACGACGCGAGAGCAAAUGGAACACACGCUGGGGGCCUGAUGAUAAAAACACUGAAGGCUCGUGUGACAAGUGGACAGACUCAGGCAGAGACGGUGAUAUGCCUAUUGACAAAGGGUUGUCUCAUCUUUCCAGUCACGGGAAGGAUGAGAGGGAGGGGGACCAUUAUCGCCCAUGGAGAUCCACUUCUUCUCAAAGUCGCGGAAGGGGGGAGCCUCCUCAUUACCGAACAUUAACUCCAAGCAAGCAGGUUCCCACAUUUUCCUAUGGCCGGGGAUGUGGAGAAAACCACACUUCAACAUUUUCUGCUGGCCGCGGAAGGGGAAGUUUUGGUGUAAACUCAGGGGCUAGUAUACCUUCUCAUCUUCAGUCUCUGGGAAUCAUAUUGGACAAGGGUGAAAUUGACCAUGGAGAGCCAUACCCUUUAAGAUAUAGUAGGACAAAAUUGCUUGACUUAUAUAGGCGAAUUGACAUGAGUAUUUAUCAAAAACUCUUAGAAGAGCUUGUAUCAGUGCCUUCUCUUACGCAGGAUAAACCGUUGGAACCUCUAGCUCUUUGUGCUCCUAAUUCUGAUGAAAUGGUUGUUCUGAAGGGAAUUGACAAAGGGGACAUAACAAGUAGUGGUGCUCCUCAGAUGGCUAAAGAUUGGCCAGGAGGCCGGAACUCUAUAGAGUUUACUCAUUCAAGACGAAACAAGAUUGGCAGUAGGGAAGAUUUACUGCCUGCUGUUGAUGAUCAUAAAGAGGAAAGUACUGACAUUCCAAAGAUUGGUUAUUCACAUUAUUCAGAGGGUUCGUUGCUUGAAAAGCAUAAGGGACACCCAGAUAAUAAAUUAAAAUCCGAAGCUAUGGAUGAUAGUGGUCCUCGAAGGGCUGAAGAGGUGCUUAUAAGUAGGGAAUCAAGUAUACAAGUAACUAACUCUAUUAAUCCUGGCACCAUGUGGCGAGCCUCGUCAUUGGGAGAACAAUCACUUACAAUCACACAUGAUUGGAAGGAGAUUCCAAGUGAUGUUAGGUCAAGAACCCCUGAUUUGAGCUGGUCACAACCACAGAAAGGUACGAUUAACCAAGGAGAAAGCAAUUUGAUGAAUUCAUCCUAUUCCAGAGAUGAAGCAAAUUGGCAGUCUAGUGAGGAUCCUAUUCCUAAGAGGCAGCCAUCUGGGGUUUUGGAGAGGGAACCUGAACCUAGAAAGCUGCCUGCUCCGGAGGAUCUUCUCCUUCACUAUAAAGAUCCCCAAGGUGAAAUUCAAGGCCCUUUUUCAGGGAUUGACAUCAUAGGCUGGUUUGAAGCAGGAUAUUUUGGGAUAGAUUUGGAAGUUCGGCUUGCAAGUGCACCCAAGGACUCGGCAUUUUCCUUACUUGGUGAUGUAAUGCCCCACUUACAAGCUAGAGCACGACCACCUCCUGGAUUUAGUGCGUCAAAACAGGGUGAACUCUCAGAUUUGUCUAGCAGGACAAAUUUUAGUAGCUUGGGGAAAGUUCAUGCUGGUGCAAGUGAGAUUGAUAUGAUCGGAAAUGAGCCAAGGCCGACAGCAGAAGCUGAAAAUAGGUUUUUGGAGUCACUUAUGUCUGGUAGCAUGAGCAAUCCAUCCAAAGGUCUGCAAUGCUAUCUUGCAAAUAAUUCUAGUGGCAUUCCAGCAUCCGGAAUAGAAAGUGGAAGCGAUCUCUAUCUCUUGGCCAAGAGAAUGACACUUGAACAGCAGAGGUCAUUACCAAAACCCUACCCUUAUUGGCCAGGGAGAGAUGCUGCAUCAAUGGUUUCAAAGUCAGAGAUCAUGUCUGAAUCACCCACUCCUCAUGCAAAGCUCCUUACAUCAUUGACUGACAACACUCUUCAGACGCCUCAUUCACAAGGUGCUGAUUUGAUGUCCAUCCUCCAAGGAUUACCUGACAGGUCUGCUCCUGGGGUAAAUAGUAUUGGUGGUUGGUCAAAUUUUCCUGCCCAAGGUGCAUUGGAUCCUCUUCAAGAUAAGAUUGAGUUGCAUCAUGCUCAAAAUUUUCCUACCCAAGCUCCCUUUGGGAUCCAACAACAGAGGCUGCAAACACCUACCCCACCUUCCUUGACAAGUUUGCUCAGUCAAACUAUGGAUAAUCCGUCUGGUAUUUUAACUCCUGAAAAGUUAAUCUCCUCCAGUUUAUCUAAAGACUCCCAACUGCUAAAUAUGUUGCAGCUGCAGUAUUUGAUGCAGCAGCUACAAGCCCAGACACCAGUACCAACACAACAGAUGUUACUUCUUGAGAAGAUCAUGUUGCUUAAGCAGCAACAAAAACAGGAGGAACAGCAACAGUUGUUAUGGAAACAACAAUUGCUUUCACAGGUUUUGCAAGAACAUCAUUCCCAGAAGUGUGUUGGUGAACCCUCCUAUGGACACUUACAGCCUACUACAAUUCCAACAGGGAAUGCAUCUGUGAAUCCCAGUCGACUUCAGCCAUCAUCACAAGAUAUGCUUCAGAAUGGUUUGCAGUUACAACUUUCAGGCUCUCAAGAUGAACGUCUAAAUAACUUCAUGAAUCUGCCUACACAAGUUACCAAGGAUAUCAGUUAUGCUCGUAGUUCUGAAUCCCCUCCUUUGCAUCUGCCACACCAGAUGUUUAGUGGUAUCAAUCUCCAGCAGAGCUGGGGGACUAGCGCACCAGAACAGGUUAAUGACAUCCAACAGUCUUUGCCAGUGACAACAAUUGUUGAAAGUUCACCCCCACGUGAAAUGAACUUAUCCUCCCAGGAAGCUUCUCUUGUGCAAGGGCUCCUCCUUGCAUCUGACUGUGAUGCUCUUACAGUAGAGCAUCCACUGGACUCUGCUCAGAAGAUUGAUGAAACUGUACCAAUCCCAGUGACUGAUGCAAAUUCUGUAACCUUGGAGCACUUUGGAAUUGCUACUGCUAGAACCUUUAAAAUUGAUACACCUAUUAAUGAGGGUGUUCAACCUGCUGCUGAUAUUGAUGAAUUGCAAGUUGAAAGAGAAAGAAGCAAUGAUCAGCCUUCUGUGGUAAGAGAAGUUAAGAAUGUUGAAUCUCGUGAGGUAAGAAAAGCUUCGGAAAAGAAGUCUAGAAAGCAAAAAUCUAGUAAAUCACAAGCUUCUGACCAGUCCAAGGGAGUUGCAAAGGCUUCCUCUUCAGUGCAAUUGAAACCAUCUGAAAUUGAAGAGCCAGUUGUUAGUGACACUAACACUGCUGGAGAUAACCUUAAUGGAACCUGUACGGGAAAGAAGGAAGAGAACGAAUCCAGACUUGCCCCCAUUGAUUCUCAAUGUGCUAAAAGCUCUUCAGCUGCUAAUAUUGAUGUGUCUGAUGUUGAAACCACAGAACUCAAGGGUGAGUCCGGGCUUUCUGGUUCUUUCCCAGUGCAGAACACACCUAUACAGCCUGCACUACGUGCGUGGAAACCUGCUCCUGGUUUCAAGGCAAAGUCAUUAUUGGAAAUCCAACAGGAAGAACAGAGGAAGGCACAAACUGAAAUGGCAGUAUCAGAGGUUAUUUCUUCUGUCAAUUCCAUGAGUUUGUCAACUCCUUGGGCUGGGGUUGUGGCUAGUUUGGAACCCGAAGUUUCUAGAGAAAGUCAAAGAGAUGCUGAUAUUGCUGAGUCAGCUGUGGAGAAACCUGAAUGUUCUGCAAAUCCAAAGAGUAAAAAGAGCCCAAUACAUGAUCUGUUGGCGGAAGCUUUAGCAAAAUCCAGAAAAAGAGAUGCAGAUGUACCUGACACUAUUACAUCUUCUGCCCAUGUGACCACCACAAAUGUGGAACCUAUUGAUGAUGGCGACUUUAUUGAGGCUAAAGAAACUAAAAGGAGUCGGAAAAAGUCUGCAAAAGCAAAGGGUGCAGGAGCAAAAGUCUCAGUUCCUCUUAGUACUGCUGAUGUGCCUGUUGUUAGUGCAAGUCCUGUUGAGAAAGGCAAAAGUUCUCGCCCAGCACAGCUGGAGAAGGAAGUAUUGCCUUCAAUUCCAUCAGGUCCUUCUUUGGGAGAUUUUGUUCCUUGGAAAGGAGAGCAAGUAAACCCUUCCCCUGCUCCAGCUUGGUCUACUGAUUCUAAGAAACUUCGUAAAGCCACAUCAUUAAGGGACAUCCAAAAGGAGCAGAAGAGGAAUUCCUCUGUCCAUCCCACAAAUCCAAUACCAACUCCUCAGAAAUCCCAACCAAGUCAGUCAACUCAUGUUAGUGGUUCAUCACGGUCCCUCACUGCAUCUUCACCAUCAAAGGUUGUAUCUCCCAUCCAGAUUAAUUCCCAUGCAUCUUCUCAGUCAAAGUAUAAUGGAGAUGAUGACCUAUUCUGGGGCCCAAUUGAUCAGACAAAGCAAGAAACAAAGCAAGCUGAUUUCCCACUUCUAGCAAGGGUGGGCAGUUGGGGAACAAAAACCACUCCUGUUAAAGGAACUGCAAGUGGGUCAUUAACCCGACAGAAGUCUGUGGGUGGCAGACCUAAUGAGCGCACUCUGUCAUCCUCUCCUGCCUCCGCUCAUUCUUCCCUUAAAGGGAAAAGGGAUACAUUGACCAAGCAUUCUGAGGCCAUGGAUUUCAGAGAUUGGUGUGAGGGCGAGUGUGUUAGGCUUAUUGGGACAAAAGAUACAAGUUUCUUGGAAUUUUGUUUGAAGCAAUCUAGAUCGGAGGCUGAGAUACUUCUGGUAGAGAACCUUGGAUCAUUUGAUCCAAAUCAUGAGUUCAUUGAAAAAUUUCUCAACUACAAGGAGUUGUUAUCACCUGACGUGCUUGAGAUUGCCUUUCAAAGUCAAAAUGACCAAAAGUUCACCGAGUUUGGCGCCAGAAAUGUGAAUUCUGGCAAUACAAGUGCUGGUGACUUAGACCAAGAUGUUGCAGUCGGCCUAGAUGGGUCUUCAAGGGGGGAAGGCAAGAAGAAGGGGAAGAAGGGAAAGAAGGUGAGCCGAGCUGUUUUGGGAUUUAACGUUGUUAGUAAUCGGAUCAUGAUGGGUGAGAUUCAGACAGUAGAAGAUUGAUAAUUUUGACUUCAGCGGUCUGGCUCAUAACGGAUGAGAUUCAGACAGCGGAAGAUUUUUUGGAUGUCGAUGUAAAUUCAUAUGGCUUUACCGUUUGUAAAUGUUUAGAUAGGAAUUAUUUUAAUCUCUUUAUAGAGCAGCAGCAGUAAUUAAUUCUGCUCAAGCGAUUUUGUGAAGUAAUGCUCAUUGCGGUAAAGUCGUUUUUUUCUCUGAGAGAAUUUUUUUUUAUUAUAA